AUGAAAGAACUCGACACGAUUGAGGAAUUCAAUGAAUUCAUUAAUGGAAAUCCCGGUAAAAUAGUGGUGAUUGACUUUCAUGCUGAAUGGUGUGGGCCCUGCAAAAUCAUUGGUCCCUAUAUCGAGUGAUUCCCGAAUGCGCCCAAGUACAAAGACAAGGCUGUGUUUGCCAAAGUAGAUGUUGACGAGAACGAUGACGCAGCUGCAGAGUACCAAGUUUCAGCAAUGCCAACGUUCAUGCUGUUCUAUAAUGGCAAGAAGAUAAAUUUCCUGCAAGGAGCAGACAUCCUGAGGUUGGUUGCCUUAAUCGAUUACUAUGUCAAAAUGUUGUAA